AUGUUAGGCCGAAUUUCUGUUGUAAAGUUGCAGGCAUUAGCCUCUGAGUUGAAGGCGGGUUUCACAGAAGCGAUGCAGGAACUAUCACGAAUCCAGCAUGGCGAGUACGCCCUGGAGGAGAAGGUCAAGAGCUGCCGCUGUGCCAUGGAAGAGAAAGUGGCCGAGAUGAAGAAUUCCCUCAACACGUUCAAGGAGGAGCUGAGCGAUGCAAAGUCAAUGAUUGAAGAAAUCAGUGCCAAGCAGGAGGAAAUGCAACAGAAAAUUGAGCAGCUGCAGCAAGAGAAGCGGCGGGAAUCACGGAAAGUGAAAGCUAAAAGAGCACAGAAGGAUGAUCAUGGGUCACAGACAGUGCCUACACCUCUCCAGGGCAGCCCAUUUCGAUCCAUCAACCUCCCAGAACCUGUGCUGAUCAAUGAAGAUUUUACAAGUCUUUUACACAACAUGACUUACGAAAAAGUGUCUGACACCAGGAUCAUGCCAAUGGGAGAAGGAAGUGUGAAAGUCGUAGCAGGUCCAGGAGCAACCAUAGAGACAGACGACAGCCUCAAGCCCUCCUUGACAACAGAGGGGCAGUCUAAAGUGCAUCUGCCGUCAACAGUGUGGAAGCAGCCCAAGGACACCAAGGAAUGGGGAGAUGAAUACAUUUCCAAAGAGCAACCAGAGAGAGGGAAAGACAUGGGUCAAAGCAGAUACAGCUCAGCAGACAACAUUAUAUGUGAACCCUCUUUGGCUGCCAAAAGGCAGAACAUCGCUUUGGAGCUGCUGGAGUCAGAAAGGAAAUACGUCAUCAACCUUUCUCUAAUCCUGAAGAUCAAGGCCACAUUGCAAGGGCCAGAUGUGAAAAGGAGCACCAAAGAGAGAAGUUUCUUCCCCAACUCUUUGCGGUACCUGGUCCAGCAGCAUGUCGAUUUACUUCACGCUCUACAGGAGCGAGUCCUGAGCUGGCCACGACAAGGGAUCCUAGGAGACAUCUUCCUGAAGUUAACAAAUGAUGAGAAUAAUUUUCUGGACUACUAUGUUGCUUACCUGAGGGACCUGCCAGAAUGCAUCUCUUUGAUCCACGUGGUGAUCCUGAAGGAGGUAGAAGAAGAAAUCAAGUCUGAUCUCUACAUUCUGUUCUUCCAUAUAGUCCAGCGAAUCCCUGAAUACCUUAUUCAUCUACAGAAUGUCCUGAAGUUCACGGAGCAAGAGCAUCCUGACUAUUACCUGCUGCUGGUGUGUGUGCAGCGCCUCCGCGUUUUCAUCUCACACUAUAGCCUCCUCUUCCAAUGCAAUGAAGACCUGCUUAUACAGAAGAGGAAAAAGCUGAAGAAGUCAUCCCUGGUGAAGCUGUACAAAGGUCUCACAUCCCAGUGUACGAGCCAAGAGGUUUCUCCAACACCCAGUGCGACAUCUAUCAGGGACAGCGGGAUCCACUCUGAAGAGACAAUACAGUCGUUCCCACCAGCACCUUCCUCUGGCACAACAACCCCGCAUUUGAUGCCCCAGAUGAAGAAACCCCAGCCAACCAUGAUGGAGAACAUCCAGGCUGUAAAGCCCCCUGACUGGGAAAUGGAAAGUAGAAAACAUGAGAGGCCAGAGAACAUCCUUGCAUCCUCUCAGCUCACAGAGCAGGAACUCAAGGCUCUGACAGUCCCCUUACAAUCCAUCCCUGAAAUGGAGUAUGAAGCACCACCAGCUGAUGCAGUGGUAAACACUGAAAGAGCCAUCAGGACCUCUGUGGAGCUGCUGCAGGAUGCGAGGAACUUUGCACCAAGCUACGAAGAGUUUGACUACCCUGGGGAGGUUUUCACCCUGCCAGGCCCCUAUGAAGAUGAUGCUUUCCAAAACCUCGCUCUCUUUGAGAAUUGCUCCCCAGCCUCUUCCGAGUCCAGCUUAGACAUUUGCUUCCUUAGGCCUGUUAACUUCACAUCAGAACCAGAGAGGACAGAUCAUGCCUUACAGCCAUUGCCUAAGAGCUGCACUCCCGUGAGCAGCAGUACUUACAAGCGUGAGAUGUUCCACAGCAAAGGCAAGCAGCUGAGCAGGUCUCUGAAGGAGCUGCCGAGGAGCGCUGAGGGCGUGAGCACCAGACUCUACAGCACACGGAGCAGCAGUGGGAGCCGGCUGCAGCAGAAACAGGAGAGGAAUGUCCAGCCUCACAUGAUCUCAGCCUCAUCUCGAAGCUCCCAAAGGAGCUACUUCCCCCCACAGAGAGGAGCGGGUGAAAAACAGAGCUUUUUGGAAGAGCUCCAUGCAGAAGACAACACCAGGUUCUGCCAGAAGGAUGACAAUGAGCAAACAUCCUUCAGCGACCACAACCCGCGGCACGAGCCCAAGGGGGGUUUCCGGAGCUCCUUCCGCAAGCUCUUCAAAAAGAAAUAAGCAGCCCC